AUGCGGUUUUGGCUCCGCGGUGUGUCUAGGCCGCGGGGCCCCCGCUCUCCCGUGGCUCUGCUCAUAGGACUGAGCCGCCUCUGCCAUACGGGGGCGUUACCGGAGAGUCACGUGCUGCCCUCCUGCCAGGCCGCCAUGUCCCGGGUGAGCCCCGGCCUCCGCCUGCAGACUGACUUCAUCACCGGGGAGGAGGAGCAGGAGCUGUGCCGGGAGCUGGAGCCAAUCCUGAGGAAGAGGAGAUACGAGAGCGGCCACUGGGACGAUGCAAUCCAUGGGUUUCGUGAAAUUGAGCGCCUGAAUUGGUCCCCGGGCUGCUCGGCAGUGCUGCAGAGGGUAAGAGAGGAAGCUUUCCCCUCCGGACAGGCACAACUGUCCCUCGUCCAUGUCUUGGACCUCCAGAAAGAGGGCUACAUCAAACCUCAUGUGGACAGUGUCAAGUUUUGUGGCAACACCAUCGCUGGGAUAUGCCUACUCUCCAGCAGUAUCAUGAGACUGGUGUGUGUCAAUAGUCCAGAGGAAUGGGUGGACCUGUUGCUUCCAAGACGCUGUUUGUACAUAAUUAGUGGUACUGCCCGCUAUGACUUUACUCACGAAAUCCUACGUGAUGAGGAAUCUUUCUUUAAUGGCGAACAUGUGGAAAGAGACCGGCGUAUCUCUGUCAUCUGCAGAAAUCUGCCCGCCAGUUGA